UUCAUCCACGGUUUCCUUGAGUUUGAUCCUCCACCCAUGCUAGGUUAAGCACUCCAGACCUAGACCGCACCCCGAGCGCAUGCCAUCUUGGCAGCCCCCGCGCCUAACUGAAGCAUGUCAGACUCUUGUGCCGCAAAUGAGCGCUAGCACAGCGAAGCCUCGUGGCUAGUGGCUGGCAUGACGUAGCAUAACAGCAAGGCGCAACCUUAUAAAAUGAGCCCACUCCAACGAGUGGUAGAGCACACCAGCUUCCUUACAAUCUUCAGCGCUUCAGCUUCAAUCCCAGGUCGACUUCGAUAUCUACUAUGCUGGGGCUAAUACGGACUUGCUUGUACUGCUUAUUUGCGAUUCUCUCCUUCGUUCUCUUUGCACUCUGCGGUGCACGACUGCAUUACACGACACAUCUGCCAACAGGCGAUCCUCUCAACAACGGACACAAUUUCUACGAUCCUAUUGUUGUUGAGCUAUUGUUCAGCUCUCUGUUGGGGAUGUUCUGGGCUGUCUACGCUGUCCUGACUAUCCACCAUAUGCGGGAGGACCGUUGGAUCUUCACCUUCUUCGCGGAGAUCGUCGUCCUCGGCAGUCUGUUCCUGCUUUACCUCGUUGGAGCGGCAAUCGCGACGUCACUGUGGGGAAACCUCGGAUUCUGCCAUCAGUAUCACGCAUGUCGGCUGCUCACAACGCUCGUUGCAUUCUCGUGGGUGUCAUGGAUCGUUCUGCUGUUCUUGUUAGCUGCGAGUGUCUUCGUCGCGAUCGCCAAUGCGGCCUUCUACAGGCCAUUCCACGGGCGCUGGAACCCCAGAGAGAGCACCUACAGCGACAGAAGGAACAGUCGAGUCUGAAAUCCAGCUGUUCAUCUCGAGCCACUGUCUAGAUUCCGUGUACAUGCACACAUAUUUACAGACAAGAAUGUAGUUUACCAGGAACAUGUUAUCUUAUCACACUGCCACUGUCAAGGCUCAAUCGCCA